UCUCUUCUCCGUGAGAAAUAAUGAAAGAUAUACAUAUAAUAAUAUUCAUUUUGAUUUGAUUUGAUACUUAAAAAUUAGGGCGCAUUAUUAUAUGUAAAUAAUGGAGCACUUCUCUUUUCAUCAUCCAAAGAUGGACGUUUUUGUUGCAGAUAGGACAAAGGCGUCGGGAGUUGCAAAGGGUAAACCGAGGAUUGCAGUGAGGAAAACCCUUGCUGAUAUUAGCAAUAUUCCUCAGAGAGUUACUGCUUCGAGUGAAGUUAACAAGCCACGGCAAAGUUCAGACGCUACAAGACAGAUUAUCGAGCAACUUCAAAAGGAAAAUGCAGGACUUCUGAAGCUUUUGGCAGAUAAAAAUAAACUCAUUGAAUUGAGUGGAGCCGAGGUGCAAAAAAUGAGGGCUACUUUGCAGAUAGUGAAACAACAGAAUUUGCAACUUGCUCAGUCAAACAGCCAGAUUCAAGCAGAACUAAAUUUAGUCAGGGAAAUGCAAAAAUCUCUAAAGCAUGAGCUUGGUUGCAAAAGUGCCUUGAUUAUUGCAAAAAAUCUCGAGCUGGAGGGAAAUGCGAAAACCAACAUGUGUCAAAUAAAUGAAAAUGUUACUGGUAAUGUAACUGAGCCAGAGGAGAAAGAAGUGAUCCAAGUAGCAGAAAGUGACAAUGACAGCAGUAGAACGCAGAAAUCUAAAAGUUUAGUCCCUUCUGUUGAAAAGAUACAAGAUACUGAUGUCACUAAAGCGAGAAGGAUCCAAACUAGAAGGCAAUCUGCUAGGUUUAAGCUUAAUGAACCCAAACCUACUGAAUUAGCCAUUAAGAUAGAGAAUGAAGAUGGCUGUCCACCAUGUUCAUUACCGGAUGAUGAUAACAUGAAAGUAAAUGAUUCUAACUCAGUACCUUCAUCAUCUAAGAAGGAAAAUAUAGAAGGUUUAGUCCCUUUUGUUGACAAGAUUCAAGAUAAUGAUGUCGCUAAAGCGAGAAGGAUCCAAACUAGAAGGAAUUUUGCAAGGUCUGAGCUUGAUGAACCAAAACCUACUGAAAUCGCCAUUAGGAUAGAGAAUGUUGAGGAUCUUCCACCAUGUCCGUUACCUGAUGACGAUAAUAUGGUGAAUCAUUUGAAUUCAGUGCCUUCAUCAUCUAAAAAGGAAGUUACAGAAGGCGAUUCUCUUGAAGACAACAAACCUCAAGAACUUAGAAAGCCAUCUUUUUCAAGGCCCGUUCGUGAAGCAAGAAGGAAAGUUCAGUCUUACAAAGAAGUCAAUCUAGUUGUGAAAAUGCGAAGAGAGUGAGCAUUCUUUAAACUUGUUUUUACAUAAGAUGAUCAGGCUUGGAAUUGACCUGCAACAGUUUCAAACCCCUUUUAUAUCUGACAGUAUAUAUGGGUUGUGGAGUGGUCAGAAACCGGGUUCCUUAUUUAACAUGUCUGAUGAUAACUAGCUGAUCAGAAUUAUUGAAGAUAUAAUGAUAUAGAUUGCUAAAGCUUUGUUUGACUCUACAGUUUUUGUCAUCCAUUAUAUGUAGGGAUCUGAGCUGCUCAUCUGAAUUGUAACUGAAUUUUAGGUCUUAGGGUGUGUUUGUCAAUCAUGUAUUCAAUCAUCUUUGACAACUUGAUGUAAGAACACUAUUCACAAAAAUACUAUUUUAUUGAUAAUCAAA